AUGGCCGAACAGACUGAAAAGAGUUUCCAAAAGCAAGAAGCCGUCUUCCUUAACGCCAAGGCUUCUAAAAAGGGCGUCACAAAGAGAUGGUACAAGGAUGUCGGUUUGGGGUUCAAGACACCAAAGGAAGCCAUUGAAGGAACAUACGUCGACAAGAAAUGUCCCUUCACAGCAAACGUAUCCAUCCGUGGCCGUAUCCUAACAGGAACCGUCAUGUCCACCAAAAUGAAGCGAACCGUCGUCAUCAGGAGGGAAUACUUGCACUUUAUCAAAAAGUACAAUCGUUAUGAAAAGAGACACAAGAACUUGUCGGCUCACUUGUCACCUGCCUUUAUCGGCGUCGAGGCUGGCGAUAUGGUUACUGUUGGUGAAUGCAGGCCCUUGUCAAAGACCGUCAAGUUCAACGUCUUGAAGGUGCAAAAGAAGAUCAUCAAGGGUGGUGGAAAAGUCUUCACCAAAUUCUGA